AUGAUCUCUUCUCAGCGGAAGGGACUAUCCUUGGAAUCUCUCAAAUUUUUGCAACACGGCGGGUUCGUCGACACCAUACUUGCUGAACCAGCCGAAUUUGCGAACAUCAUUCUGUCUCUCCGCGACUCCGAACAUGAAUACCGACUUGUUGUCCGUGAAGGAGCAAUCCAACGAGUCGACAUGGACGUACCAGCAAUUUCACACCCAGUGGAUGUCACCAUCUCCGCCCAAUCCGAGGCAUGGGAUGGUUUUUUCCAGGAGAACCCUCCCCCGCCAUAUGCGGACAUCAUUGCCAUGUUCACCGAAAACCACGCUCAAAUCACCGGGAACACUCUGUUGUUCUUCCAGCACAUCACGUUCAUCACCUACAUGUUCCGGCAGCUGGGUCAUCGUAAGCCUCUGGUCGUAGCAAAUGGGGCAUCAAAGCCUGAAGGGCCCAAGCCAAACGGCCACGUGGAGGACGUCGUGGGUAAAUACGUCCACCUCUCGCUCGACGGGCACGACUAUCGUGUCUUCUUCGAAGAAAGCGGUCCCAAGGAUGGCAUACCCGUGGUGCUCCUCCACGCCGCCAACAGCGACGCACGCAUGUGGCGACACCAGCUAGGUGACUCUGACCUCGCAUCGCGUUUCCACUUGUUCGCGUUCGACAUGCCGUGGAGAGGCCGAUCCGUGCCUCCCCAAGAGCUGCUGCGGACCGAAUACAAGCUGACGAACUCGUUCUACCGUCGCAUCAUCCGAGCUUUCUGCGACGCCCUGCAGCUGGACCGCCCGAUCCUCGUCGGCUGCUCUAUGGGCGGCUACAUCAUGUUCUACAUUGGCAAGGAAGAGCCAGAGCGAUACCGAGCCCUGAUUGCCGUGGCUGUCCGCGACUUCGAACCUCGCCGUUGGCUCAUGGAGCGUGUCUUCCGACAUCCGGCUGUCUCAUUCAACCGUGUGCUCUCUUGUGCGUCGAACGGCUUCAUGGCCCCCACUGACCCCCCUGGCUGCUCCGACGAAGUCGCCUGGCUAUAUGAGACAGGAUCGCCACGAGCUCUUCGUGGAGACCUGAAUUUUGCGUCGCGGGAUUGUGACGCCCGACCUUUCAUGGCGCAGAUUGAUACGUCCAAAACACCCUUUUAUGUUCUUGGUGGAGAAUACGACUGGAGCUGUACUAAGGAACAUACCGAUUUGAUUAAGCAGCGCAUGCCGCAGGCGAACGUGGUACGUAUGAAGGGCAUUGGGCAUUUUCCACCCGAUGAAAAUCCGGGUGUGUUUAAGGAGUAUAUCAUGCCGGUACUCGAUGAAGUUCUCAAGAGCGCUUCCUAG